AUAGAUAUCCAUUCCGUAAAAAAGCACUCUGUACAGGAGCUGGAGUCGUGUAUCACUGGGGCGGGGUCUGCAGGAGUCAUCUACUUCAGCUUGGGCUCCGUCGCUCGAAGUAUGAGCAUACCAGCCCAGUACCACAAAAUCUUCGUCCAGGCCUUCCGCAGGCUGCCGCAGCGCAUCCUCUGGAAAUACGAAGGAGACCUAGAUGACCUUCCUGAAAACGUAAUCAUCAGCAAGUGGUUUCCCCAGCAGGAUGUUCUUGCCCACCACAAUGUGAAGGUGUUCAUCACCCACGGUGGCCUCCUCAGUCUGCAGGAGGCCGUCUACCACGCCACGCCGCUCCUCGCAAUACCCAUAUACGGAGACCAGCCCAAGAAUGGCAUGUUUGUGAGAAACUCCGGACUAGGGGACUUUCUGGAGUGGGAGAACCUAACUGAGGACCUAAUUGUCAACACUCUCACCGAUAUUAUUAAUAACACAAGGUAUAAAGAAAACGUGAUGAGGAUGUCAGCGGCGAUGAGGGACCAGCCGAUGUCGCCCAGGGACCGGGCAGUGUUCUGGACGGAGUACGUCAUCCGCCACCAUGGGGCGCCCCAGCUGAGGUCCCCGGCGGCACAGCUCUCCUGGGUGGAGUUCCUCAUGCUCGACGUCCUGCUCCUCCUCCUCCUGGCUCUCUUCCUUCUCCUCUUCAUCCUACGCCGGAUCCUUAUAGUUGUGACUGCUAAGAUGUUCGGUAGUGGCGGAAGCAAAAAUAAACAAGAUUAGUCUUUCUCUGGGGUGAUCAUUGCUAACGUGUGUGGAGGUGAAGGUAAAGGGGGAGGAGCGUUGUCUAAGUGACAUCUCGUAAAUACUUUGGAAAACAUGUAACAAAUAGAUAUAAACUUUUUAUUGGGUUUAUAUAGUCAACAAGAAGUUCAUUAAUGUUUUGUUGCUAAUAAAGAUCGAGAUUGGUUAAAA